AUGAUUGCCUUCAGCCGCCUCGCAACCUUCGUCUUUCUCAUUCUCUCUCUCAGCUUUUUGGUGUGCGCGUCUCCCAACGCGGACGGGAAGCAUGAGCUUCUUGGCCGCGGAGAUUCUUGCAACAAGAUCAACGACAUGCUGGUAGACCUGAGGGCACAACUGGACUAUCACUUAGGGACUUGCACCGAUGACGAUGUUCUGGCCAAUAUUGAAGUUCAUCUCACUGGCCCCAUGAUGGCCAAGAUCGGCAAAACAACGAAUGCGAUCGUCGCCAUUGGAGUUAUUGCUGACGUCGAUGCUAAGAUCAAGACUGAUAUUGCUGCUCACAUUGCAGCCGUUGUUGUGAUCGUUGUCAAAAUUCUCAUCAAGGUCUCCGCCAAGAUUAGCCUCUCGGUCUUGGCCAAGAUCUGCGCUGAUAUUGAUGUCUGCUUGAAGGCAUUGCUCGUUGCCUUGAACUCUAUGGUGAUAUUGACGUAUAUCUGCAGCAUUGUCGAUCUUACUGUGCUCGUCUUCUUGAAAGUCAAGUUGGGACUCUGCGCCGAUGUUUUGGGGCUCCUCAAACUCUAA